UCCGUUAGCAUUGCUUCCGCAAACAGCUAGCAGAGUCCCACUGCCAAAGUCAGCUGCGCCUCUUCUCCCUAGACUACGGUUAUUGCACAUCGACAUGCGCCGCGGUCGCAGCUCUGACUGGGGACUGUGUUUUGAUGGAGAUCAUAGAAGCUGGAUCCGCUGGUCGCUCAAUUCGUGAGUCUUUUAAUAAAUAAAUAUCCGUGUAAGCGGUGCCACUAACCGGGUGAAGAUGCGGUCUUGUAUUCAUUGUAUUUUAGGCUAGAGGGCUGUAGUGUUAGCAUUGUGGUAGCCAUGUAGGUAAUGUUAGCUGGGGCGCCUGGACAGAAAUAGACAACCUUCGAGGAAGCGCCUGCCAGCUCUCUUCUGUUUGGACCUGCUUUGUCUUCAGUAAUUGGUCAGUCUUUUUUCGUCUCUCUGGAAUGCAUUUCUCCAAGAAAUGUUCCGCCUUCAAAGUGGUGCUGAGUGCUCUACUGAUCGUGGCGCUGCUGCAGCUCAUAUAUCUGUCCUUCCUGUCCAAGUUCCACGGUAAGCAGCAGCGGUACCGAUACUCGGAGCUCUUCGGAGGCUCCGGGACCAAGAAAAAUGCGCAUCCAGAGAAGAACUCGAGGAAGGAGCGCCUGAGGUACUCCCUGUCUACUGGGGGCAUCUUCGACAACAGCGGCCAGUACCGGGUUUACAAGAAUUUGAUCAAAAGUGAUUUCACCACAAAUCAGAAGCCGGGCUCCGACCCCAGCGACAACGUCCUGGCUUUGGCCACACACACGACCAUCAACAAUCUCCACCACCUGGAAUCUCUGCUGGAAAGGUGGCAGAAUCCUCUGUCUGUGGCCAUAUUCGCACACGGGCAAGAUGUCAAGUUCGCCACAGCCCUGGUGUAUGCGCUCAGUUUCUUCUGCCCUCACAUCCAAGCCUUGGUGGACUUCCACUUGGUCUGUCUCUCAGGAGAGAUCGCCAGCUUCCCUGAGCAGGACCGGGAGCAUUUCGCAGGGCUUGAGGACUGCGCCUCUGUGUUCUCCAGGCUGGAGAGCCACAGGGAUAAAUACCAGAACUAUGCCAUCAGUGGAAACAUCUCCUACCCCAACAACCUUCUUCGAAACGUCGCCCGCGGUGGCACUGAGUCCUCCUACAUCCUGGUCAUUGAUAUCGACAUGAUGCCGAGCGCUGACCUACACCCUCAGUUCCUAGACAUGAUAUCCAGGCGCGAGCCGGCAAGCGAUGAGGUAUUCGUCCUGCCGGCUUUCGAAAUUCGCCACGCCAGGAAGAUGCCUGCCACCAAGCCGGAGUUGGUUCAGCUCUACCAGGUAGGAGAAGUCCGUCCUUUUUACGAAGAGUUGUGUCCUCGCUGUCAAGCCCCUACCAACUACUCCCAGUGGGUUAACAGCCACGUUAGAGGGACGGGCACCCUGGAGGUCGCCUACACGCUCACCUGGGUGGACCCCUGGGAGCCCUUCUACAUCGGGCCCCGGACCGUGCCCCUGUAUGACGAGAACUUCAAGCAAUAUGGCUUCAAUCGUAUCAGCCAGACCUGUGAGCUCCAUGUGGCCGGAUACAGGUUCUCUGUGCUCAGCUCUGCUUUCGUGGUGCAUCGCGGCUUCAAGAUCCAGGGGGAAUUCCACGCCAGGAAAGACGAGGAGAACAAACGCAACCGGGUCCUGUUCCGCAGCUUCAAAGAGGGCCUCAAAACCAAAUACCCAUCCUCUACCAGACGAUGCUGAAAACAGGCCAAGGGCCUGUAUCCUGUCCAUAUCAGUCUCCAGUAGAAUCGCUGUUCGGCUGAAACGGUGUACAUUUCCUUAUUGUUGCCAGAUUUAGCUUUCAGUCAAGCCCUCUGUUCCCAACUUCUAAAAUCAGCACAUAAGCGUCCUAGUUUUUCUAAUUCAACUCUUUGAAAACAACAGGAAGACGUCCUCAGGGGAUUUCUGAGUGCAUCUUGCUAGUCGGUACUUAACUAAAGCUAAUAUAAAAGCAAGGUUAUUCUAUUUUAAACACUUUUUGAGUGACUGCAAUAAACAAAAGUCCUACAUUUCCGCUGACUUUAAGUUUUACAUGGCAGGUUGCCUCGGUCCUUUUAGGGGAAAGAGCCGUGGGUCAUUGUAAGCAUAAAAAUGGAAAAAGGACCACACCAGUAUCUAAACUGACUUGAGAUAAUUAUAAAGACUUUACAUGUGCAGCUGCUAAGAAGUCUGCAACCUGACGCUAGAAACUGGUGUUUGUGUAGGCAUUCAGAAAGCUACAGGGCAUCGCAAACAUGUCCUUGUUUAUAAGGCGACAUUAGCGUGGAAGCUAAUGUGGCGCUUAUGUUUUUGCAGCAGGUUGUAGCGCGGCUGUUGGUCUCACAAAGAUACAACACAGAUGUUGAUGCCUUACAUAGAUACAGUUUAAAAUUACAAAAUUGACAUGAAACAUGAAAUUGAUUUGAUCAAAAAAAUGAAAAUGUUCCCUAUCCACACUACAGGCCGAAAGUUUGGAAGCAACUUCAAGUUUCUGUUCACAAUGUCUUAAAAAACAAAACAAAAACAGCUAAGUUAUAUGUAUUUUGGGAUGUAUUUACUGCACAAUCAGACUUUGCUUUUUUCCUCUGUUUUCCUUAAUUUACCUUUAGGUGUACAUUGAUGUUAUCAGAACAUUGCAAUAAAUGUCAGCAGGAGAAGCUAGGGGUUUAGUUUUAGGAUCAAGAAGAUUUGCAAGAGUCACAACUUCAGCGCAAAAGUCAAAAAACAAAUCACGGUUUGCAUUAUUCACUUUAACUCUGCAUACGAUUAUCCCCUGUGGAACAAAUGCCUCAUAUAUGCCAUGAUGUUGUUACAGCCAGAGGAGUUUACUUUGAAGAAAGAAAAACUCAAGGAAGUGAUAAUUAUAGUUUAAAAUGUCUUCUGAGAAGUUGCUCUUUAUAUUACAAUCAUGUUUACUUUGAUGGAAAGUACACCAAUAUUUUAUGUACAAAUUUGAUCUUGCUUCCAAACUUUUGGCCAUAGUGUAUGUUUAAGAGAACUCUAUUAUAUUCUGAUCGGUGAAUGCGAGAAUAGGAGGCACAACUGUGAAACCAGGACCUGUUUGGUAUCAGGAUUAUUGAGUUACAGUCGUGCAGAUGUCGUGGACAAAAAACAUGCAGUUUAAUUUCAGUCCGACCUUAAAUUCUAGCUGGAAUCCAUAAAACUCUUUGUUGGACAUUUUUGCCACUCAUUCAGAAAAUCUAUUGGUGAUGAUGAUGAUGACGAUAAAAAGAAAGUAAAUCAUACCUGAGUCUGAUUAUCAGCCCAGGUAGAGACACAGUUUUUAACAAAUUGAUAUUUUUUCAGUGAGUGUAAAUAAAGUGUGGAACCAAGGCCUUUUUAAAUUUCCACCCGUCUGUGUUGUGCUCUGACCACUAGAUGGCAACAGUCACUUGAGUGGCGGGUGCGGUACAUGCAGUAUAUGCAGUAUUACAUCCUGUAGUGAGAGCAGCAGGGAUUAAUCAGCACCGUGAUGUUCUGUGCUUCGAAGGAGCUGCUUUUACUCAGCGCCACGACGGUCAGCACACCUCAGAGGUUUUUGGUACUUUGUGAGUUCUGACGAAGUGACGCUCCUUGUGAGAUCAAUAAAAUACUCAGAACCGUUUGUAUAGAGACGACGUAGAACACUAGCUUUUUGCCAACACUGGAGAAAACUGCUGUAUUAUUAUAAUAACACUGAGGAUCUAAUACUCCUAUGCCUCUACGUUAUCUAGAGCUUUUCCACCUCUUGUAGAGAAAAUGGGGCAGCUACAGGCAGAAAUGUAGCACGGUUAUAGUGGGUAGAGGAGAAAUAUAUUGCACAGUAAACUCAGCCUUGUUGUCUAAAGGAUUUCUGUCGAAAUACCACCUUAACUACUAGUAAAGAAAUAGCUAAUUUUAUUCUGUAAUACUAUGGUACAUACAAACAGUAUUAAACCUCAACUACCACUCCUCUCACGUCUUUUGUGAAAUUGCAUAAUGCUACAGUGUAUGCAUAAACAAAAGGUUUCAUUUGGUUGUGGUGUAAUUGUUGAUUUUGGAGAGAUUUAAAUAUUACUCAUUCUUAAUGUUUAUGAUAUAUAUUUAUUGUGGAAAUGUUUGGUUAUUUUUUUAAUUUCUUUUUUUUUUUUUUAAUGACCCGAACCAAUAAACCGUAGCACAAAAUAAUGUAUUUAUGGAGUGGGAUCAGUUUGAACCUUUUGUGAUUAUGUGGUGCAGUGCAGUGCUAUAUCUCACAUGUCUUUUCCUUGUUUGAGAAUGCUAUUUCUUUUUUCGGUAUUUAUUUUGUUUUCAUGAAAAGCAUAAUGACUGAUUUGUAUUGUUUUGAAUUUCUAUUAAACCUCCCGGAUGACUUUUAA